GCCAUAUCCGCAUCACCAGAAUUCAGGAAGUCUUGAGGACCUCGGAGUGAAUAUGCCUCCUACGCGCAAAUCGAAAGCUAGAUUCGAGUGCAUGCACACUGCCUGUUUGCUCAAGGCGCAGCCGACAUAUUUCUCGGGAUCGAGGGACGCGCGAGUUCACAUCGAAGGCAAACACUUGGCAUUGAAGCGAUACCGUUGUCUGGCGUGCGCGUACGCAACCCCGGAUCCUUCCUCGAUUAGAAGACACUGCAGGAGCAGACACCAGUAUACGCGUGGACAACCGGUAAUGUGGUUUGAGGACAUUGCAGGCACCCAGAAAGACGACUGGAAGCAUUUUUAUGUUAAGCUCGCACCUCUCCAGAAUUUCGGAUCUCCCCGGAACACCUUCGUGUUUGACAUGCAGGACCUCUUCUCCGGAAUGCCGGCUCAACAUGGGGGACGGGAGAGCACGGCGCCUGGAAAUCUGGCCAUAGCCCCAACAUUCCACGUCCAGCAGCCCAAUGCUCCCCUGGCUGAUACCCUUGUCAGCUCAGAGUCCAGUACCUCAGUGAACAAUUUGCCUUGGCCGGCGCCCAGCUGGUUGUGAGCUUUGGCAGAGCUUGUGCUCACUAUGCAUGUUUUAUGACAUGUGAUAACUCAUCAUGUAAACGAUAUGCUUCACGUUAUGUCCCAUGUAUUCAUGUGGUUUGGAUAUUACUCACUCGUGACAAGCCUCGGAGUUU